UCAAUAUCCGACUCCGAAGACCUAGAGAAUACUUCAAUUCAUUCCUUCUCUCAUUGUGCAGUUUCCCUCCAAAUAAAAAGGUUCUCUUUUUUUCUUUUUCCGCAGAGAGUUUCUUACAGAGAGUUCUGUUGUUAGUUUUAGCAUUUGGGCUCUUGACGAGUUUUCUCUCGCGGCAACAAUGGCUGCCUCGUCUUCGUCUGGCAACACCGGCAGUGGAUACGACAUGCCGUGGGUCGAGAAGUACCGACCCAACAAGGUCGUCGACAUCGUGGGCAAUGAGGACGCCGUGUCCAGGCUCCAAGUCAUCGCUCGCGACGGCAACAUGCCCAACCUCAUCUUAUCCGGUCCUCCUGGAACUGGUAAAACCACUAGCAUACUGGCGCUUGCGCAUGAGCUUUUGGGUCCAAACUAUAAGGAGGCUGUUUUGGAGCUAAAUGCAUCAGAUGACAGGGGAAUUGAUGUGGUGAGGAACAAGAUUAAGAUGUUUGCUCAAAAGAAAGUAACACUGCCCCCUGGGCGCCACAAGAUAGUAAUCUUGGAUGAAGCUGACAGCAUGACAUCUGGAGCACAGCAAGCUUUGAGGAGGACAAUAGAAAUAUAUUCAAACUCCACUCGUUUUGCUCUUGCAUGCAAUACAUCUUCUAAAAUUAUCGAGCCUAUACAAAGUAGAUGUGCUCUUGUUCGAUUUUCGAGACUAUCUGACCAAGAGAUACUCGGCCGUCUCAUGGUGGUUGUUGAAGCUGAAAGGGUUCCCUAUGUUCCGGAAGGUCUCGAAGCCAUUAUUUUCACUGCUGAUGGUGACAUGAGGCAGGCAUUGAAUAACUUGCAGGCUACAUACAGUGGGUUUCGUUUUGUCAACCAAGAAAAUGUUUUCAAGGUUUGUGAUCAGCCUCAUCCAUUGCAUGUGAAGAACAUGGUGCGUAAUGUACUAGAAGGGAAAUUUGAUGAUGCUUGUUAUGGUCUCAAGCAGCUCUAUGAUUUGGGCUAUUCACCUACCGACAUAAUCACGACACUAUUCCGAAUAAUUAAAAACUACGAUAUGGCUGAGUAUCUGAAAUUGGAAUUCAUGAAGGAGACUGGAUUUGCCCAUAUGAGAAUCUGUGAUGGAGUUGGUUCAUAUCUUCAGCUCUGUGGGCUUCUGGCCAAGUUUUCCGUGGUCCGCGAAACAGCUAAAGCAGCAUAGGUAGCAGCAGUAGUAGUAGUUACAACUUGAGUCUUGAGCCUGCUACAAUUUGCUUUUUGAUGGUGAAAGUUGUUUGUGUAAACAGUAGAAUUGUGCUCAUGCUCAAAUACAUUUUGUAUUAAGGAGGAGGUAUCAAGAGUUACCGCUCAAAGGAAGCGAUUUGCUUCGUGACCUACCACGGGGCAAAUUCCCUUGAGCCUGUAUUGUCAUUCUUCAUUUUGAACAAGGAAAAUGCCCUUGGAGUCGGCUGGAUUAAAAA